AUGUUCCUCAUCACACUUUUGUUCAUCACUGUGUAUUCUCAGUCCGUUGAGGUCGAGGAGAUCAAGUGGUCCACCGGUGCUGCUGGUGAAGUAGUAGCCUCUAUGGCCCACAACGAAGAGUCGGAUUACAAGUAUACGUAUGUCUUGCACUACCCGACUUCCUCACAAAAUUCGAUAAAAAUCGACUGCAUCCACCCAACAUAUGAAUCUGUAUCCAUCCAAGUUUCCACGUCCACGCCAGUCCGUCCCGUCAUUGCAGCGACGACUAAGAAGCUUUAUUUCUUGAACAACGGGAAUUUUGAAGUUUACAACAUCGAACAGAAGAUCCCCGUCGCUGUCGCGUUCCCCGCAAAGUCUUCCACUGAUGCAAAUUCGCCAAUGGAUGUCAUUGAUCGAGAAUUUUAUACCGGGAAGCGUGAGGUUUAUGUAGUUGUAUGUCAGAACAAGCACUUAACUGUCUUGAACGAGAGUCUUGACAAAGUGAAAGAAUACCCAAAUCCAUGUGGUGAGUAUAUCAAUUGGGGAUAUGACUAUGUUGCUGUGAAGAACUCUUCGAUGAUUGAUAUCUACGGAGUCUCUACUGGUGGAGUUUUAACGUUUUAUAAAACGAUCACUCUAGCGGAUAAUACGACGAAGACGUAUGCAUUUGAUGGCAUGGUGAUGUCUGGCCAUGACGUCAUAUACACUGCUUUGAGUGAUGUUGGGAAGAUCCAAGUCAACUCUCCGAAUAACUACGGAUACGCAACGUUCAUCAAAGAUGUGUGGUUCAAUGGAAAUCACUCAACGAAUUACGUUAAGACGCAGUACGCACAAAUGAUGUACACGUAUGGAUCUUUCUUGGCGGUUGGAGUCUUCGGAUAUACGGAAGCUUCUCGUGAACGUGUUGGUGGUGUGGAUCUUUACUUUGACAAGUACUUGACUGGUAACACAAACAGAUUUGAAAAGGUCUAUUCCUUCAGAGGAAACAGCUCCUAUGGAUAUCGUGGCUACUCCGUUGGAAUGGACGACAAGAUGUUGUACAUUGGAGGAAAGUUAGAGACUCAAACCAUUGAAGUGCUUAAAGCCGCUAUAGUGGAUGUGUCAAAUUACACUGCGAAGUAUUGUGUUGGGAUGAAUUGUGAAUGCGAGAGUGGGUACUUCUACUCAACUUAUUACAAGAAGUGCUUCGCGCAAUUAAGACCAAACACGGCUAUUAUAGUGACGGCGUGCUGCUUUGUCCUGUUUUUCAUCAUUAUCGCUAUCGUCGGUGUGUUACUUGCCUAUAUGAUGAAGUCCAAAGAAAAAGAAAGAAAUAAAAAAGAUGACGACUUUGAGGAAAAGAAUGAAGUAAUUGUCGAAAGUGAAGAAGAGAAAAAGGGGGAGAAAGACGAAUUCAUCCCAUAA